AUGGCUUGCCCUCAUGGUAGUUGUGCGGCUGCGUUGAUUAAACCGGUACACCUCAAUUGGUGUCCGGCAGUUAUUCGAUCGGCUAUGAUGACUACCGCAAGUAUAAUCGAUAAUAAGAAUCAGUCGAUGAUUGACGAACUUGUUGCAUCGUUUCCAACCAUAUCAAAGUGUCCAACAAACGGAACAUUCAUUAGGACCACGACGGAUGUGGGUGAGGCAAACUCAAUUUACAUUGCGAAUAUCGUGGCCCCGAAAGGGGUGACUGUGAGGGUGGAGUCGGCGAAGUUGGUGUUCACACCAACGGUGAAGAAGAGGAGCUUUUUGGUGAUCGUAACAGCCGAUAGCAAGCAUUUGGUGGUGGAUGAUGUUGGAGUCAUUGUCUUAGAUAUAUGGGAAUAA